AUGACUGACCUCACCAAGCCACACCCCUACCCCCCCUGCUCCUUCACCCCUUCACUGGAAAGACCGAAAUUCCGUCAGACAAGAGUGGAGGCAGAUCGAGGGCUACUGUUUGAUGACCAUGUUGCCAAAAAGCCUCCCCACAGAGUCUCCGCCUUACGCAGGCCAGCCAGUUUCCUCGACAGGAGAGGCAGGUUUCUACUCUACAAGGCUGUGAUAAGGCCUUACUUAGAGUACGCUGCCCUCUCUUGGAUGUCGAGUGCCGCCUCACACACCAAGAAACUGGACAGCAUUCAGCAACGAGCCCUUCACCAUGUCCUUUUUCACCCUUUUCCAGAAUGUUCUACGUGUCCUUAUACCCCUGAUGUCCCUAGUGGCCGUGUCCUUAGCCACAGGGAAAGCAUCCAGCUCCAUCACCUCCUACUCCGGGAUAGGACACGGGGGUGGAAUAGGAGGGGGUACGGGAAAGGAUACAGCGUAGGACAUGGCAUUGGAUACGGAAAUGGAGGCUCUCUUGGCUAUGGUGUUGGUCUGCUGGGCGGUGGAGGCGUAGGUGGAGGGCUAGGUGGAUAUGGGUAUGGCUAUGGUAAUGGGAUAGGAUAUGGGUAUGGCAAUGGUGGACUGGGAAAUGGAUACAACUUGUACACCAUUGUCGGGUACGGUGGUCUUGGGGGUAUUGGUGAUGGUGGUCUUGGUGGUGGGUAUGGUGGAUAUGGUGGUGGGUAUGGUGGGUAUGGUGGCUAUGGGAAUGGUAUUGGCAAUGGUUAUACUACUGUUACCUAUGGCACUGGUAUUGGUGAUGGUAUUGGUGGGGGUAUUGGCGGGGGUAUUGGUGGGGGUAUUGGUGGGGGUAUUGGUGGGUAUGGUGGAGGUAUUGGUGGGUAUGGUGUUGGUGUUGAUGGUGGCUAUGGUGGCGGGUAUGGUGGCGGGUAUGGUGGCGGGUAUGGUGGCUACACGACUUAUGAUGGUGGUUAUGGCAGUGGCGGUAGCAUUGGACAUGGAGGAGGGCUCGGCGGCUCAGUGUCCUACGGCUACGGAACCGGCGUAGGAAAAGGACACAGCAGCAGUCACACAGUCGUUGUUAAGAAAGGUUAUAGUAGUGGUGGUUAUGGUGGUGGCAGCAGCUACAGCAAGGGAUAUGGAUACAAGUAAGGAGGGGAAGGACACAAGGAGGGGGAGAGGAAGUCCUUGGGAACACCUGGUCUCAGUCCACUCCUAGUCUUGUUCCUGAGUCUUUCACGUCCUCUUCCUUAAGUUUGAAGCAUCAGGGGAAGGAUGAAAGAGGAAUGGAAAGAAGGAAGAGGAAGCAGAAGGAAAGUGAUGAGAAAAGAUGAAGAAGAGAAGUGAAGGAAGAGGAAGAGAAGGAGAAAGGAAGAAGAAGAAGAAAGAGGACUCAAGCAGCAUGAUCUCCAGUACACACACACACACACACACAAACACACACACCAGAAAUGUUCCACUUUUUAUAUAAUUUUCAUUGGUUAAAUUUCUCAAACUUCAACAUCAUAUGAAAAGAAAUGUAGUUCCUAACACCUGUAGCUUACUGAUAUCCUCUCCUUGUACCACCUCUAACCUUACUUUCAUCGCCUUUUCUUACUACUACUUAACCAUUAACACCUGAUUUUUAUUACCUUAUUUGUAUUUUUUUUUUUUUAUCAUUUUAAGAUAGUUUGUAGAUGUCUUUUUGUAUUGACUGUAUUUUCCCGUUUCCGUAUCUGCCAUUCACCUGUCCGGAAGAGGUGGACAGGUGGAGCCGGACAGGUGAGAGCAUGAGAGGAAAGGCAGGAAAUGUGAAGCUAAUCAUGAAAUAUCGAAGCAAUAAAAUUAACAAGCAUCA